AGCCCGGGCCUAUUGAAUUGGGAAUUUUUUUCCUGACUUGGGAAAUCAUGUGCUUUUUUGAUACAUUAUAAAUUUUCAUAUAAUUUCCAUCUACAAUUCAAAUGUUUGUUAUUAUGCCCCCCUUCGAAGAAGAGGGGGUAUAUUGCUUUGCUCAUGUUGGUCUGUCGGUCGGUCGGUCGGUCCACCAGGUGGUUUCCGGAUGAUAACUCAAGAACGCUUACGCCUAGGAUCAUGAAACUUCAUAGGAACAUUGAUCAUGACUCGCAGAUGACCCCUAUUGAUUUUGAGGUCACUAGGUCAAAGGUCAAGGUCAUAGUGACCCGAAAUAGUAAAAUGGUUUCCGGAUGAUAACUCAAGAACGCAUACGCCUAGGAUCAUGAAACUUCACUCUUCUGCCUGUUUCUGCCUUAUCUCCUCCCAAGCGGGCAAGAUGGUUGGUUCUACCAUAGGUCCGUCUUGUCUUACAAUCUUCUCCCUGCUUCCGCCUUCUCUGCCCUCCCAAGCGGGCCAGAUGGUUGGUUCUACCAUAGGUCCGUCUUGUCUUACACUCUUCUCCCUGUUUCUGCCUUCUUUCCCGUCCCAAGCGGGCCAGAUGGUUGGUUCUACCAUAGGUCCGUCUUGUCUUCCUCUCUCAUCCCUGUUUCUGCCUUAUCUCUCCUCCCAAGCGGGCCAGAUGGUUGGUUCUACCAUAGGUCCGUCUUGUCUUACAAUCUUCUCCCUGCUUCCGCCUUCUCUUCCCUCCCAAGCGGGCCAGAUGGUUGGUUCUACCAUAGGUCCGUCUUGUCUUCCUCUCUCAUCCCUGUUUCUGCCUUAUCUCUCCUCCCAAGCGGGCCAGAUGGUUGGUUCUACCAUAGGUCCGUCUUGUCUUGCAAUCUUCUCCCUGCUUCCGCCUUCUCUUCCCUCCCAAGCGGGCCAGAUGGUUGGUUCUACCAUAGGUCCGUCUUGUCUUACACUCUUCUCCCUGUUUCUGCCUUCUUUCCCGUCCCAAGCGGGCCAGAUGGUUGGUUCUACCAUAGGUCUGUCUUGUCUUACACUCUUCUCCCUGUUCUGCCUUCUCUCCCUCCCAAGCAGGCCAGAUGGUUGGUUCUACCAUAGGUCCGUCUUGUCUUUCUCUCUCAUCCCUGUUUCUGCCUUGUCUCCCCUCCCAAGCGGGCCAGAUGGUUGGUUCUACCAUAGGUCUGUCUUGUCUUACACUCUUCUCCCUGUUUCUGCCUUCUCUCCCUCCCAAGCGUGCCAGAUGGUUGGUUCUACCAUAGGUCCGUCUUGUCUUCCUCUCUCAUUCCUGUUUCUGCCUUCUCUCCUCCCAAGCGGGCCAGAUGGUUGGUUCUACCAUAGGUCUGUCUUGUCUUACACUCUUCUCCCUGUUUCUGCCUUCUCUCCCUCCCAAGCGUGCCAGAUGGUUGGUUCUACCAUAGGUCCGUCUUGUCUUCCUCUCUCAUUCCUGUUUCUGCCUUCUCUCCUCCCAAGCGGGCCAGAUGGUUGGUUCUACCAUAGGUCCGUCUUGUCUUACACUCUUCUCCCUGUUUCUGCCUUCUUUCCCGUCCCAAGCGGGCCAGAUGGUUGGUUCUACCAUAGGUCCGUCUUGUCUUACACUCUUCUGCCUGUUUCUGCCUUCUCUCCCUCCCAAGCAGGCCAGAUGGUUGGUUCUACCAUAGGUCUGUCUUGUCUUACACUCUUCUCCCUGUUUCUGCCUUCUCUCCCUCCCAAGCGUGCCAGAUGGUUGGUUCUACCAUAGGUCCGUCUUGUCUUCCUCUCUCAUUCCUGUUUCUGCCUUCUCUCCUCCCAAGCGGGCCAGAUGGUUGGUUCUACCAUAGGUCUGUCUUGUCUUACACUCUUCUCCCUGUUUCUGCCUUCUCUCCCUCCCAAGCAGGCCAGAUGGUUGAUUCUACCAUAGGUCCGUCUUGUCUUACACUCUUCUGCCUGUUUCUGCCUUAUCUCCUCCAAAGGGGGCCAGAUGGUUGGUUCUACCAUUUUGCAAACCCUGGUGAUGUUUCUUACACUAAAUGUCUUAAACUACUAAAUAUGCAUUUAUUUUCAUUCUUUUAGCUUGUUUAGUACAUUGCAACCUUGAAUACAGGUCUUUGGUAUCUUUAAUACUGUAAUUAAACCAGUUUGUACUUUUAGUGUACAGAGCAUAACUCAAACAGUAAUCACUGAAGACUGAAGUACCAGUAUAAUGUAAAUACAUGUUUGAAUGCACUUCGUUACACAUUUUCAUGUAAAUAUUUUGACAAGCUCAUGCAUCAUUGAUCAUUACUUGACACAGAUUGUUCUUUAUUUUGAACUCUCAUUUGAUUGGCUAUAGAGGUAUUCCCCAUAGUGACAUCAUUUGACACUGGUCUGGAGUGUCUUGUAUCAUUGGUUGACUAAAUCAACUGACCAUUGACCUACCGUAAUUACUCAGU